AUGAAUAAACUAUUUAUUCUCACAUACAGAAAGAAUAAAUGCUUCGAAUACCCUAAAAGGUUUAAAUGCUUAAUUAAUAAUGCAUUAAACGACAAGAACCUCAAAUGGAAAACCACUAAUGAAUCAUAUUGUGAAUAUAUCUUAACUCCCGAAGAAGAACAAAAGUUAAAAAAAACUCAUUCAAUUAUAGCAUCCAAUAAGGAUAUACACAUUGAUAGAUAUAUGAUAUAUGAAUAUAUAAAACAUUACAAAGAAAACGAUAAGGUCUCUAAGUAUUAUAAGGACUAUAGUUGUGAUUUAGAUACUUUGAAAAGUGAUAAUAGCUUAAUUGGUUAUUACUAUGUGAAGUUUUUAAAUAAUGCUAUACAAAAAAUCAAGACAACUCCUAUAAUAAAUAAAAUUUACAAUAAUAUCUAUAAUAAUAUAAUUUUGAAAUAUACUACAAAUAUUCACGUAUUUAUUUCACCAAUUUAUGAAAGAAUAAACAACGAAAACUUAUUUUCUAAGUUCAACAUAAACAAAAAUAGCGUUCGUGAAAUUAUGUAUUUUUUAUGUAUUCACGUAUGGAUAUAUUGUGCUAAACUAAACCUUAUAAAUAAUAAUAAUUUAAAAAUCUUAUUAUGGGAAAAAAUAUGGGACUAUUAUAGGGCAUUACUUAUAAAGUAUAAAAUAUCAGAAUUCAAUUUUAAUACAUAUUUAAUAAACAUGCAAGAAUACUCCUUAGGUUUUUGUAUAGGAUUAGACGACUGUAUAGGUAAAGAAUAUUACGCUGGAAAAAUAUACAAUCUCCUUUUUAAUCAUAUUUAUGAUGAAAAUGAAAAGGAGAAAAUGUCAAAGGAAUUAAUGAAUUUAACCAUUUAUUGUAUUAGAAUGUACAAUUUUAUUUAUAACUUACCUGAGGAAAAUUUUAUACAAGCCAAAUUUACUUGGCCUGACCUCAAAUAA